UCGUCGUUGCACUUCCGAUCUGUUUUUCUGACGAGUUCUGAUGGCUGCCUGACAUUUCGCUUUUAAUAAUUUCAUUGAACUAUGUCCAUGAAACAGAAUAUUCACGUAUACCGGUGAAACAGUAAUUUAUAUAUGAUUUAUUAAAGUAGAUAACGCAUCAUCAAAAAUCGCUUUCACAAUCCAACAAAUAUAUGCACGAAAGGUAAGACCGACAAAAUAUCGUUAUCAGGCGUGCCACACCGGCUGGGAUUAGAAUUGGCUGAAUUUCGGCACGUUAAUCGAUAAAAUUAUAUUAACUUCGCCGUCUUUUAAGAUACUCUAUAAUUUUUAUCAAAAUGAUCAAAAGGGGAAAGGAUAAACAGGUUCACUAUCGUCAAAGAGUAGAAUUCAAUGGGCAAGAAAAUAAACAUUCAGUUGAAUUAUACAGUAGCAAUAUUACUGUUGUUCCUUCACCAGGAGGACACAAACAUGGUAGUUCAAAGAUGAAGUUAAAAAAUAUUGUUGAUUUUACAUGGGAACAUAACUUUUAUCCAGGCCAAUUAUUAGCUGUUCAUAUGUCUGGAAAAUAUUUUGCUUAUGGUCUAAAAGUUAGUAGUGGAGAAGGUGUGGUUAGAGUUGUAUACAAAGAAUUGGAACAAAGAGCUCUCUUAAGAGGAAUGCGUACUGCAAUACAAGAUUUGGCUUUUGCAUAUGUUUCAACUGCAAUUUUAGCAUGUGUUGACCACUUUGGAAACCUCUUUAUACAUACCAUUGAAUCAACACCAUCUGAAUUAUUAUGUAAUUUAUUGCUGAAAGUAGAUGCAGAAGAUACUUCUGCUACCAGUCAUCGUGUAAUAUGGUGUCCAUAUAUUCCUGAAGAUUUAGACAAACCAUCAGAUGAAGAUAAAAUUUCAAAGUUUUUAGUUCUAACUCGUGGUUCCAAAGUAGAGGUGUGGUCAGUUCAUGCCGUUACAUCAAAAUUCAGAUCAGUAGAGGCAACUAAUCCAGCUUUAAAGGAACAUGGAGGUAUGAUGGAAAUUGAUCAGCAUUCCGGCACAAUCGUAGAAGCAAUAUUCAGUCCAGAUGGCACAGCUUUAGCUACAGCUAGUUUUGAUGGAAGUAUCAAAUUCUUCCAAGUUCUUUUACAUAAAAAGUCUUGUAGUACUGAACCACAAUGUUUACAUAAAUGGACACCACAUUCUGGACGACCUAUUUCUUGCUUAUUCUUCUUAGAUGAUCAUACAACUAACCAUCCAAACAUUCAGUUUUGGAGGUUUGCCAUUACUGGAUGUGACAAUAAUACUGAAUUGAAAGUUUGGUGUUGUGAAGUAUGGUCCUGUUUACAAACCAUUAAAUUCGCACCAACACCUUCUACUGGUAAACUACCAGUUUUGAAAGCAGGCUUAGAUCUUAGUGCUGGCUAUCUUUUAUUAUCAGAUAUAUAUAAUAAAGCUCUAUAUAUAUUAAGUGUUAUAAAAAACAUUAACGAAGACACAGCAUCAAUAACUACAAUAUCAGAGUUCCUCCUUCCAUAUCCAAUAUUGAGUUUUGGAAUUGUCGAUGCUGGUCUACGUAAAAUACGCCCUAUUGAUGAAUCUCUAGAAAAUUUAUGUCCUUGUGAAGAAGAUACUGAAGAAUUGCUUGUUAUUCGAAUGUACCUAGUUCAACCUAAAUCAUUGCAAGAAUGCCAUAUUGCUUUUAAGCCUGCUUCAAAAGUGAGUGCUAACUCCCUCAUGGACACACUGACUCAUGAUUCAUUGAACUAUUCCGAGGACUUACAAGAUAUGGAAAUUGUUAAUCCCAAUGGAAUUUCAGGAGAGAACUGUGAAGAAAAUCGUUCCUUAUCUGCUACGAUUGAAGCAACAACGAAUCAUAACGCUGGUUUAAAUCUAAUGACACCUGAUGCGUUUAGUUCGCCUGCCAAAAAAGAAAAUAAUGAAUUGGUUUCUUGUCCUAGUAGUCCAAAAUUGGGUACAGUGUUAUCUGUUAGUCCCUCACUUGCACAAGCAGUCCAGGCUUUAAAUGCAACAGAUCCACCAUUAGCAACAAGCGAGUUAGUAGAACAAGCACCUGCUAGUAGCGGUAGUAGUCCAUCCAGAGAAGUAAGAGAAAUCUUUUCUCUUAUAAAAGCAAAUGAAGAACCAGAAAACGAUAAUAAACCAGAAACUACCAAUACUGCUAAUGAAAAUUGGCCUAAUAUUCCGAUGGUAUUAUUAAAAGAUGUGAGCAGACAUGCAAUGCAGGAAGUUGAUGGAUUCACAAAUGAAGAAGAAAAAAGAAAAAAAUUAAAAGAUGAAUCGAAAUCGACGAUACAUAGUGUAGGAAAUGCUCUUGAACUAAUAAAUAAAGUGGAGUCAAUUUUAGAAAUAAUUCAAGAUCAACGGCAAGAGUUAAGAGAAUUACGUACUGAAGUAACCAGAUUGAGGCAAGAAACACCAAUUUCGACGCGAGUAGAAUCUGCUCUAGCAAGAGCUUCACAGCAACAAAUGGCUUGCCAACAUGAAUUUCUUAAAACGCUUGAUACUACAAUCAAAGAUAAAAUUGAAACUACUUUGCCACGAAUUAUUGAAGACACUGUAGAACCAUUAAAGCAUCAACUUAGAUUAGAUUCUUCACGGAUGGAUGAAGUCUUAAAAGAAAAUUUGACACAAGUAAUUAAUAGCAGUCAUGUAAAAGAUACACUUGCUAUGGCAGCAGUAAAUACGGCAAAACCAGUAUUGGAUGCAGCAUUUAAGGAAGCAUUUACAAAUGUUCUUUUACCUGGCAUGGAGAAAGCAUGUCAAACCAUGUUUAGACAAGUACAAGAUGCUUUUGUUAGGGGUACUCAUGAAUAUCUCCAAAACGUAGAUACAAUUAUAGAUAAACAGUAUCAACAACGAAACGAACAACAAAAUGAAGCACUAUCAUCAUUAGUUCGUGAAGAAUUACAAACAGAAUUGAAUAGAGUUUUAAUAAUUCUACAAGAAGGAACAAUACGUACAAUUCGUGAUUCUAUUAAAGAUAAUUUAAAUCAGCAACUUACUGAGAUUACAAACGCAUGUACACGAGCUACUACUCCCGCUAUACCUGUACCUGCAGUUGCUGACGCUCAAGCGCGAGUUAUGUCUCUUCUCCAAAGGGGACAGUUAAAUGCUGCCUUUCAACAAGCUCUAAGUGCCAGUGAUUUAGGUUUGGUAGUACUAGUUUGUGAGAAGACAGAACCUGCCAGAGUAUUUUCUUCUAUAGGACCUCAAGGUCAAAGUACAAGAUGUAUUUUACAACAACCUGUAAUUCUUUCACUUGUACAGCAGUUAUCUGCAGAUUUAGGACACCGUACAGAACUUAAAUAUAGGUGGCUUGAAGAGGCAAUAUUAAAUUUAGAUCCUAAUGAUCCAGUGACACAAGGUCAUAUGGGUACUGUGUUAAUGACUUUACAAAACCAGAUAGUUGCUUUUAUAACAGCUAAUCCAAAUCAUAGUUCUAUUCGACGUUUGAAAAUGUUAGCUAUGGCAACACGUGCACUUUUAAAUCAGCAAUCUUGAUGUUACAUACAUAUGGAAUAGAA